AUGAAGUGGCGGAGGAGGAAGCUCGGCCUCCUGUCGCUGCUCGCCACAGCCGCCGCGCCGAUAACCGCCGUCUCUGGCACAGCACCUCCCAUCGACGAAGCCAUAGCGCUCCCCGGCCCCGUCCUCCCAUCACCGCCCAACACGCAACCGCCAUUACCUGCCGAGCACUCCUUUUCCCUGCGACACAUCUUCCACCAUGGAACACAUCAACAUCCCCGCCUCCACCGGAAGCGCGACAUCAUGACCAGCGACAGUGCCGCGCCCAACGUCUGGCUCGCCGCCGAGGACGAAUACGCCAGGGAAGUCAUGGGUCCGCUGAAGGCUCGAAGCAAAGCCGUCACGAUAGAACGCUUGGUCGACCGCCGCCCUCACGUCGUCGACCCCAUGGUGGCCGCCGCGCGCGAGAGGGGCUACGUCAACAUGCUGAGCCCGACGGCAUGGACCCUCGACGACACCCCCGGACCGGACGUGUCAGACAAGGAGACCAUCUUGACGCUGGCGCGCAUGACGGCCAACGCCUACGUCGAGGACGAGGAGCACCCCGACUGGGAGGACGUCGGGGCGCCGUUCAACCGGAGCGCCGACUUUGGCUGGCAGGGGGAUGGUCUCCGCGGCCACAUUUUCGCCGCCGCGAACAACGCGACCGUCGUCAUCGGCCUCAAGGGCAGUCGCCUCGGACUGCCGGUGCCCCCUGGUUCGGAGCAGACCAUACACCAGGCGCGCGAGAACACGGGGGCCUUUCACGUCGGGCACACGGCGGAUCCCGUGUACAUGGCCAUGUGCCACGGGCCCACGGCGUCCUGCUCGUUUGCGGGCUACGCCAUGGAGUCAGAGUGCCACACGGGCCAGCGGUGUGUCUACGACGUCGUUGCCGAUAAGGGCUGGCGCGUCGGCAUCGGGACGCACAGGAUACGAUCUGUCAUCAACGAUGUCAUCUUGAAGUACGACGAGGUGCCCUCUUGUGCGUCGACGCCGGAUUGCCGCGACUGCGCCAAGUGGAACUUUUAUGAGAGCAACGGCACCGAGACGAGCUCGAGACCCGUGUCGUCGACGACGUCUGUGGUGCGCACGCGUACCGAGACGUGCAAGUCGCCGGGCUGGUGGGGGUGCCUCGACGAGUCGACCACCGUCAGCGGGCACCAUGACAUCGACGACCACGACGACCACGUCCACAUCCACAUCCACGUGCAAGACGCCUGGGUGGUUUGGCUGCAACGACCAGACGACAACGAGCGAGGCGACGGCGGGGCCCACACCCUCGAGCCCGGCGCCGACCUCGGCCUCGACGACGACGACGACGACGACGUGCAUCCUGCCCGGCCGGUUCUGGGGCUGCCGCGACGAGGUGUCGACGACGAAGCCGGCGACGAGCCCGGAGGUGACGCCGGCGCCGACACCCACUGCUGA